AUGGCUACCCCCAGUGUCCUUACCUUUGAUGCUGAGGGCCGUGCCGUUGACUUUGAGGUCUGGGUCGAUGAUCUCCAGCUGUUUCUACAGUGCCAUGGGGCAGAGAGACUCUCUCUGUUCGAUCUCACGUCUGGUGUUUCUCCCGCCCCACCUGCUACUGCUGACAGCACUGUUCGCUCACAGUGGGCCACACGCGAUGCUGCUGCUCGCCUUGCUGUGCAUCCCCACUUACCGACCGCUGAGCGUGCGCACUUUAGCCAGUACAAGAGUGCUAAGACCUUGUACGACGCUGUAGUUGCACGCUACUCCUCCCCUGCCACUGCUGCUCUUAGCCGCCUCAUGCUGCCGUACCUUGUUACCCCUCCCCCCUCUUGCCCUCUGUUGCUUCUGCUGCUGCGGCCGACCUCGUUGGUUUCGAGUCGGUCGGCGCUGCAUCUGCCUCGAUCGGGAGACGCCGCACCGGCAAUGGCAAGGGGGGCAAGGGCGCUGGAGGGGCUAGCGGGGGCGGUGGAGGUGGUGGUGGGGGCAGUAAAGGGGGUGGGGGUGGUGGUGGUAGUGGUAGCGGGGGUGGAGGUGUCGGUGGCAGCAGUGGAGGCGGGGAAGGCGGCAGUGGUGGCGGAGGGAGCGGAGGCGGUGGAGGCGGUGGAGGCGGCGGAGGUGGCAGAGGCGGCGGAGGUGGUGGAGGCGGCGGCGGCAGCAGUGAACCUGGUCGCGGCUCUGCGCAGAGGAGUAGCUCCGGUGGUGGUCCGCGCCAGCAGCAGCAGCGCAGCCGCGAGACUUUGUCCCCUCAGAAGCUUCGUGAGUAGUACGCUGCACGUCAGCGCGGUGGGGGUACUGGUCCCUGCACCCAGCGCUGCUUCGGCCGUGUGA